AUGGCUGUCUCCUCAGAGCUCGCCUGCAUGUACUCAGCCCUCAACCUGCACCACGAUGUGGUGACGGUCACGGCCCUGGCCAAUGUCAACAUUGGAAGCCCCAUCUGCAAUGUAGGGGGUGGUGGACCUGCCCCAGGGGCUGGCUCAGUGCCAGCAGAAGGUCCCGCCCCCUCCACCACUGCUGCCUCAGCUGGGGAGAAGGAGGUGGAAGCAAAGAAAAAAGAGUGUGAUGAUGACAUGGGCUUUGGUCUUUUUGACUAA